GUGUUUGGGGGUUAUUAUCACUUCCGGCAUCACACCAUGGUGAAGAGAUCCCUAUCAGGCCACAGGGGAACACACGUACGACUGCAGAAGGAACCACAGGUAGGUUACUGUACACAGCCAAUGCACCAUACAGCAAGGUUUGGCAAAACUUCACUACUCAAAUGGGUGCCAUGUUGCCAACAUAUGUUCCAAAACAAUUAGGCCUACAAGUAAGAAUGCAAAUAAGAACGUUUCUAUCAUGAAACAUUUGGUGCCAUCAUGGAUGACAGUUUGUCAAACUCUCUACGUACCGUUCCCUAUAUCAACAGCUUUGCACACUUCCAUCCAUAUGCUUCUGAUCUGACCUCCCCCCAGGUGUGUGGAGUCAUAAAUAUGGAAAUCGUCCUCCAAACAACACAACAAUAACAGCUGGACCUGUCUGUGUGUUUGCGUUCUCAUUUUGCAGCGUGUCUUGUAGAAGCAUUGUUUUUAUCCAAAUGUUAAUGAGAAGAGGAAUCCAGACAUUGGUCCAUCUGUUACACAAAGACGUUCACAGCUCGAGGAGUCAGCUUCAUUUAGGCAGCUGGCUGUAACUGAGCUCUCAGCUCUUUCAGCCCUAGAGAACAAGUCUUUUUUACCUCAAAGUCGCUUGUUCUAUUCAAAUCCUAUUCAAAACUCUACUUGUCAAGUUCAGUUCCUCUAGCAUGCGCUCAUUCUGCAUUCUGCAGUAUAGUUACAGGCAGAACUCUGUUGUUUGGAUGAGGAGAUGGAGGUAGGUGACCUUGUCUGCAGGGUAGCUAAACACAGGGGACAUAGUUAUAAAGUGAAAGCAGGCGUGCCAUGAAUAAUCUGCAGCUAGCUGUCCCUCCUAGCCAGAGUCAAGUGCUUGAAAGUAGAGACAGGUUUUCCUGAUGUGGGGUACAAAAAAACAUAAUGAGAAAGGCUGAUGUAGAUGCUUGUUGCAAUUAGGAACAGUAUACAGGAGCUGUCAAUAGUGUAGGUAUCUAUCCCUUUCUUCAGAGGCUUUUCUGCCCUUUUUCACCCACGCUUAGCUAUGUCAACCUAAGUGGAUAGUGAGCCACUAGGCUAUGAGAAGCUAUAGAAAGCUGUGGGUGUGAGUCUAGCUGGAAGCUCAGUGAAGAUGACAUUCAAAAAGGAAUAAGAUACAGUAGGCAUUAAAGAUAACUGGAGAACUAAGAUCUGUGAGAAAAUAAUAAGAUGGGGAGAUCAGAUGAGAUAGGAAGGAAUGUGAGAGGGAGAUGGAGGCUGGAAUCCGUCUAACUUAGGGUGCUGUUAUCUCCCGAGUGGCGCAGUGGUCUAAGGCACUGCAUCGCAGUGCUAGCUGUGCCACUAGAGAUCCUGGUUCGAAUCCAGGCUCUGUCGUAGCCGGCCGCGACCGGGAGACCCAUGGGGCGGCGCACAAUUGGCCCAGCGUCGUCCAGGGUAGGGGAGGGAAUGGCCGGCAGGGAUGUAGCUCAGUUGGUAGAGCAUGGCGUUUGCAAUGCCAGGGUUGUGGGUUUGUUUCCCACAGGGGGCCAGUAUGAAAAAUAAAAAAAUGAUGUAUGCACUCACUAACUGUAAGUUGCUCUGGAUAAGAGUGUCUGCUAAAAUGUAAAUGUGAUAUUUGGGUAGAAAUCAGUCUUACUAUAUAUAUACUACUUCUGUAAUUUGAGGUAAAGAGUGUUUUCCUGGAUAUAUCCCUAUGCUCAUUCAGGUGCACUCUUUAGACCAGUUUCAAAGGGCAACUUCAACCUGGUCACACACAUACUCUAGUUCCCCCCAGGCUGCAGGUGAGCAGGGUUCAGGCUGGGGAACAGCUUGUCCAGGGCAACCUCACUCUAACAGCCAGGCCAUGGGCACUCUGGCAGACAGCGACCACAGCAGUAGAGCUGCCAAUACACUUUAGACAAGGUCAAAUGUGUGUGGGUGCGUGCACAACUGUUCUGAAUAAAACACAUUCAGUGUGUGUUGGAUUUGUGUGUUUUCCCCAAGAUGGAUGUAUAAAAAAUGGUUUCAUCUAAAUAUUAAUGAACUAAAUGUUUUUGCUGAAAGUGCCAUAAUACAGAGAAGGGAUGACGCUUUAUAUGUUGGUGACUAUAAUGUAAGGCUUAGGUAAAUUAGUGCAUGUAAAGCUUCAGCUAGAUCCUCUCAGUUUAAUCCUGGACCUGUCUCUCCCAUUCCUCCCAUUGUCUUGUGUCUUCAGCCCUGCCUGGCUGACACACCGCUUAGCUCCAUUCACGUUGAAUAAUCACACACUGCAAAGAUGACAUUGACAGAAUCGCAUAACCCCCGCCAUUAAACCAGAGACUUUUUGUCAUCUCUUCUCUCCCUCUCUCUCCUCGCUUAUACUCUCACACUCUCUCUCUCCGUGAGGGACAGAAGGAAUCUAUUUGUUUCGGGACAGCUUUUUUAUUCGGUCUUAACAAACCUCACUGUUACUUAUUGCAUACUUAGGAGGGGAUAUUUUCAGGCCCACUCUCUCCAAUCUCCUCUCUCCCUGUGGAGUUUGUCAGUAGCUAUUACACACACACAAACACAAAUACAGUGCAUUGUGUCUGGAGGCUGUGGCAGUGGCCUUGUGGCUUAUGUAUCUCCUCUCUCCAUAAGCCAGAUAUGAGGAUCAGAGAGGAGACACAGUGUGUCUAGCAGCCGAUCAUUAGAAUCCAGGCCCAACUGAGGAUCUGUCUUUUUCAGCAAUCUAUUUCCUGUGUUUGAGGGGUGCGAAAUCCACUUUUCACUUAAAUCUCACUGGAUUGAUUGCUUUCACUUUACACCUGCGACUCUUUCAUACUCUUGCUUGUGCCUGUCAUUUUUCCCCCGUUAACGUUAUGACCGCGGAAAUGUUUGUAAUGACCUGUCAAACACACUCUGGUAAUGGCUGAAUGGGAUACAUUGUCUUUCCGUUGAAUCUAUAAAGCCUUGUUCACAUUGGCAGCUUGAAGUUACUCAAAUCCUAUUUAUUUGCAUAUCUGAUUUGAAUCUGUUCUUUUUCCUGCAGUCUGAACAGACAAAAAACACAUGGAAUCAGAUAUUUCAAGCCACAUUUCAAACCACCUUCGUAGGUGGUUUGAAGUCAGAUACAAAUCUGAUUCCUGACCAUGUGAUUUGUGUCUGAACGAUCAAAUCGUAUUUAUUUGCCCUCAAGUGGUUUUUAGACUGUUAUUCUGCAUAUCUUGUUGCUUGCUAGCUACGCUGUCGGCAGUUUGACAAGAACAUGUGGUAACUAAUUGUUUACAAACAAAUUAGUGAAUGUGCUAGAAAGCUAAACAGCUACCUAGCUAACUAGUUGACUGCUGUGGCUAGCCAAAAACAGCUACCUGGCUAGCUAGUUGACUACUGUGGCUAUCCAAAAAGGACUCGUUUUGAAAGUUGGAUCAUGUUAUAUUUUGAGGCUUUAAAAGUGUUCUUACCCUAUGAUUUUGAACAUUCAAUGCAACUGGGAAAUGUCCAUGGUAGGCAUUGUUGUCACCUUAGCUUGCUACUUCUGAGUGAUAGGAAACACAAGCACCACCACCAAUCACCCUACACCAUUGCACACACUCCCGUUGUUACUAUGACAACCAGCGUAGCCUUGUCAGAAAAUGACUGCUGUCUGAACACACACAAAUCUGAUUUGGUCACUUGUAACUUGCUGUUUGGACAGUCAGUAGUUCAAAACUGAUUUGAGACUACUGACUGUCCAAACAGCAAGUUACAAGUCACCAAAUCAGAUUUGUAUGUGUUCAGACAGCGGUCAUUUGCUGACAAGGCUACGCUAGUCAUAGUAACGACGGGUGUGUGUGCAAUGGUGUAGGCUGAUUAGUGGUGGUGGUGGUGCUUGUGCUUCCUAUCACUCAGAAGUUAUGUAGCAAGCUAAGGUGACAACAAUGUGCAUUUAUCUAUAUGCCAACAUUGCGCAACAAUGCCUAAUUUAUCAUGACCAUUACAAAUAACAAGUUCUAAUUGCUAAAUUGCCCCAUAUAUAGUACCAGUCAAAAGUUUGGACACACCUACUCAUUCCAGGGUUUUUCUUUAUUUUUACUAUUUUCUACAUUGUAGAAUAAUAGUGAGGACAUCAAAACUAUGAAAUAACACAUAUGGAAUCAUGUAGUAAAUAAAAAAGUGUUAAACAAAUCAAAAUAUAUUUGAGAUUUGAGAUUCUUCAAAUAGACACCCUUUGCCUUGAUGACAGAUUUGCACACUCUUGGCAUUCUCUCAACCAGCUUCACCUGGAAUGCUUUUCCAACAGUCUUGAAGGAGUUCCCACAUAUACUGAGCACUCACAAACAAUGUAAAGUAUGUAUAGAUAGGUGUAAUCUAGAGGUAAGCGUGUUAAUUUUUAAUCCGGGGGUAUCCUGCUAUUUACAAAUACCUGAUGCAAUGAAAAAAAAUCUAUGUGCAUUCUAAGAUUUUAUUUUUUUAUUUGACAAAUUGAAUACCAUGAAUUCCUACCAAAAUCCCUGAAAUCCAUUGUCCAACUGUUGCAUUUAUUGGAAUUGUUUUUCUAACAAUUUCGAUGACCGUUGCUACAUUAUUGGGCUAGACACUAGACAGACACUACCGACUGGACUGCGUAUCUAGCAGAAGGUUCUGGCAUAUUAGCCUACAGCAGAGAGACGAAACACACACACACACACACAUACCCAUAACAUCUCAGGAGUCAGAUGAAUCAGAUUGGUCUCCUUAUUCUCCCUGUAGAUGUUGCUGAUGUAACCCAUCUGGGCAGUUUGUAAAGUCUUACUGCAGCUGUAGGACCUAACCAUUUGAGCAUUGGUGACCACUUGAAAGCCAGCGUGGGAGGCAGACUGUGGAUAGUUGUCUCUCAAAUAAAAUAAAAUAAAAUGCAAAUAGUCCGGGUAGCCAUGAUUAGCUGUUCAGGAGUCUUAUGGCUUGGGGGUAGAAGCUGUUAAGAAGCCUUUUGGACCUAGACUUGGCGCUCCGGUACCGCUUUCCGUGCGGUAGCAGAGAGAACAGUCUAUGACUAGGGUGGCUGGAGUCUUUGAUUUCUUUGAUCGGUGUGUGUGUGUGUGUGUGUGUGUGCGUGUGUGUUCCUCUUUAGGUGCGGUGGGCGGAGCAGCAGGUGUCUAGGCGGAGGAAGAAGAGGGAUUUCUACACCGAACCAUCCGACCCCAAAUUCCCCCAGCAGUGGUACCUGGUGAGCAAGGUAGUAGUCAGAUCCCCCAGAACGCUGUAGCCUCUACUGUACUAAAGCCAGGAGUUUUCCCUUAUGUUGAACACAUUGUACAAUUUUAAUUAGAACCUCUUUAACACCCCUUUGACAUGACAGUAUUUAAAAUGUAUAAGACCGCAACAUAGAUACCUGUUGAUAUAGGGAUUCUGCCUAGACAGCCGUUUUAAAAGUGCACUUCACUGCUGUUUACCACAUUCAUACCUUUAAAGCAAAGAGACCUGCUGCCAUACAGAAAAGGCAGGAUGUAGUAAUCAGAGUAUUUCAGUGAGGAAUAGGUUUUAUUUCCCCCAGUCAGUAAGCCUCUUGUUGACAUUUAGCUGAAACAGCUGGAUGUGAUGCCUGAUGAGAGAACUCAUCAUCUGGUUGUCUGUUAUUUAGCUGAAUGUCGUCAAAAUGUUCUAAAGCGUUCUUCACUUUGUUUACUUCAGCUGUCAAGGCCCAAGUUUAUUUUCCAUGUGUAAUGAAUACAUGAUGGCAAUGAAUACAUGGAAAUAAUACAUUGUCUGCAGGCAGUGCUGGAAGGACAGUUUGCCGAAGCUGAGAGCUGAUAAACAGGACUCUGAGACUGUUAUUAGAGAACGACCGAUAUGGAUUUUUUAGGGCUGAUACCGAUUUUUGGGGGGUCAAGGAGGCCGAUGGACGAUAUUUUAGGCCGAUAUUUAAUAUCAUAAAAUUUAACAUUUUGAUGACAAAAUUUCCCAGACAGCCAUGUAUGGAUUCAUGUAGCAAUUAAAAAAUCAGACAAUACAUUUGACUUUAUUUUUACCAAUCUAACUACAUAACAACAUAAUGGUAAUACUUUUAUUUGAAUGGUAAAUCUCUUGAUAAACUGGGUAAAUUAAGAUGCCAUAGGCCUACUCACAAUACAGGUGAAUGGAUAUUCAGUUGGAGUGUGUUCAUGAAUUGAGUUAUUGAGCUUAUUUUGACUGAUCAGUGGAGUAUAUGGUGCUACAGAUAACAAACAAUCUGUUUGCCUUCCAUUUAGGACUUAUAUUAGCCUACUGAGCAACAACAUUUGCAUAGAAGCAUCACUCCAGCAUGUCACGUCUGUAUGGAAGGACAUCAAAUAGGCACUGUUGUUAGUUUGAGAAUAUAAAAGAACAUCUAUUCAAUGCAAAUGGGUCCAAUGUAACGUCAUGAUUUGUGAUCACGGAUGCUUAUGAAACUAGUCAUUUUAGUCAUUUUCUGUGAUCGGGAAAAAGUGUUUUUUACAGCUGUCAGGACUCAUCUCUAAACAACUCAGCUGCCAGGACGAAAUUCAAAACAAUCUGCUUAACUAGCUUGCUUAUUGCAUGCAUAUCCGGGCACGUCAACACAAGCCUUAUUAUUAGUGAAUUAACUAAACUAAUAUUUGCAACAGGAGUUAGAUUUUGGUCACUGUGUCAAUUCAUCUAUUUCUCAAUACUGCACCUUUCUGUUGGAGAAUGAGCUAGCUUGCUGCUUGCUGCUGCAGCUGAUUUUCCCAGCUAGACAUUCCUCGGCAUUGUGCAGGGCUCGUUGCUCCGGCGGUGAGUGGCGGCUGGCAUAGCAGCAGCUUUGCUAUGUAGAGGGACUAGAAAAUGCCAAUAUCGGCCCAAUAUAUAGUCUCGGCUGAUAAUCGGUUGUUCUCUAUCUGUUAUCAACCAGGUGUCAUUCAUCAAGAUGCUCCUCAGUGUGUCCUCUGUUUGAAAGGCUCCAGAUCAGAGCUAAUGAAACAGAAAGCCAUGAUGACACCUGUAGGACUGUUGCUUUCAGAAUGAGACAGUGACCAUCCCUCCUUCUCUCCUCCUCUCAUAGGCUCCGGGAUGCUUUGAUUUCUCCUAAUCCUCCUCCUCUCUCUCUGCACUAAGCCAUAUGAUAGUGGGAAUGGAAUAAUAGCAGCACUGACUGGGCCAGACACAAAUCACCUGUGAAUGGAAGGCUGUGAAACCCACUCUGUCAUUCAGCAUUACUGCUCUAAUCGGCUGAAGGCUCUAAGCAUGUUCUGCUGUGUGUCUGAGGCUGUUCCACAGUCCCUCUGAAGCCAGACACUGGUGGCUUGUCUGUAAUGAGGUUUGCAUGGUUUGCAUGGGGAUGAAUGCUGAUGUUAUAGGGUGAUAUUGCAUACAAGCCUUUUGGAUAGUGUAUCCAAACCAUUUAUUUUCCCUGUCUGAGAAUACAGGGUUUGCACGGUUUUGCCAUAGACUGUUAAAUUAACGAUUGAAAAUAGCUUCCGGGGCCUCCCGAGUGGCGCAGCGGUCUAAGGCACUGCAUCACAGUGCUAGAGGUAUCACUACGGACCUGGGUUCGAUCCCAGGCUGUAUCACAACCGGCUGUGAUUGUGAGUCCCAUAGGGCGGCACACAAUUGGCCCAGCGUCGUUCGGGUUAGGGGAGGGUUUGACCGGGGGGGCUUUACUUGGCUCAUCGCGCUCUAGCGACUCCUUGUGGCGGGCCGGGCACCUGCAGGCUGACCUCGGUCGCAGUUGAACGGUGUUUCCUCCGACACAUUGGUGCGGCUGGCUUCUGGGUUAAGCGGGCAGGUGUUAAGAAGCGCAGUUUGGCGGGUCAUGUUUCGGAGGACACAUGACUCGACCUUUGCCUCCCGAGCCCGUUGGGGAGUUGCAGCGAUGAGACGAUCGAAAUUGGGGCGAUUUGCUUCCUCGUAGGCUGUAUAAAUAGGGCUACAUUAUACUGUAUCCCUAUAGGAUUAGAAAAAGAGGAGCUAACUGCCUUCUUCUGUGUAGUCCCAUGGUAAUUCUGCCACGUGUGUAUAGGAAUCGUGUCUGUGUAAGCAGCACAGUGGCUGCCCUGGGGCCAGGGAUAUUAAGCUCCCUCACUAAAGGCCCUGAUGCUGCUUUGCCUUGGCCCAGCAGGAGGCCUGCCUGCCCUGUGGGGAGAGAUCAGCAGGGAGCAGGGGGGUGGUGGAAGUGGAGGUGGAGGUUGCCUGGAGCUCUGGGGGGAAUCACGUUUUCUCACUCUACCUCUUUCACUCUUUCUUUGUCACUUCCUUCACCCUUUUCUCUCUCCCUCUCCCCCCUUUUCUCUGCUCUUCUCCCUCUCUCUUCCCCUCUCUCUCCCCCUCUCCUCCCUCGCUCCCUGCUGGUUAGAGUGGAGCUCUGCUUUAUAAUUCCCCCUGUGAGCAAGGCGAAUGCUCUCACCAGGUUCUCACUCAUUCAUAUUUCCAGCUGCAGGCCUGCUUCCUCUGACAGGGAAAUUAUAGUUAGCCCCCCACGCUCUGCGGGUUAGCCCCGCUAAAGAGGCUUCCCAGUGACAUACUGUGUGUCAAAGUGUGUGUGUGUGUGUCGCUGUGUGUGUGUGUGUGUGUGUGUCUUUGCCUGUCUAUGUGUGUGUGCGCGUGUUUGUGUGUGGAGGGUAGGGGGUUUCAGCAGGAUAUGAGCACAGCCAAACAUCCAGCACAGCCCCCCAGUGUUACAUUAGCAGGGCUAUUCAUCUUUCAUCUGAGCCACCCUGGUCUCUUUUCAUGUGUAUUUUUGCUGAUGCUCACAUUUUUUUACGGUUGCUCUACUUGUCUGCGUAAUGUGGCUUGCGUGUGUCAAAUGUGAGUCAUACAAAUGUCCUUAAGCAUUCUCCCAUUUUUGGAGAAGUUUACAGAGAGAUGUGCUUUGUGCUAUUGUCGUGACUAUAUAUAUAACAGAAAUAAAGCAAGAUAGUCCCCAAAAAAAUAACUGAUGCCCUAUGUGUUUCGGCACCAUACUGGCCUUCAUCAGGGCUAAACCAUGUGAAACUAUUUGAUAAUAUAAUACUAUAAUAAUGGCUUCAUGAAAGCUUGUUCUUCUGUGUUCCCACCAGUCCAACCCUAGCCAAGCAGACCUGAAUGCCAAGGGAGCGUGGUCCCAGGGUUACACUGGGAGAGGAGUUGUGGUCACCAUCCUGGAUGACGGCAUAGAGAAAGACCACCCAGACCUGGCCACCAACUACGUGAGUACCACAACCACAACCUGCUCUGUGUGGAUGGACGGAAGAAGAAGUAGCCUUCUCCCCAGCUCCACAUUGCUUUCACCUUGCCUGUGUUUUCACAGAGUACAGAUGAGAUAGAAGAAGAAGAGUCAUUUAAUCUGCAUUCUCUGAGCCACACAGCUAGGUGAAGGCAAUGUGAAGAAGGAUGCCUACCUCAGCCUCAGGGCAUACAUAAAAAUGUAUGCGCACAUGACUGUAAGUUGCUUUGGAUAAAAGCGUCUGCUAAAUGGCAUAUUAUUAUAUUAUUAUAAAUUACUUUCCCAGGAAUUGCUUUAAAGUGCAGCAACAGAUGGAGGAAAAGAGACUCUCAAUAAGGCUGUUGAGAUGCAUUCUGAGAGUGGUCACUCUCACCAUAUCCUUACAUCCUUGUAAUUUAGCAGACACUCUGAUCCAGAGCGACUUACAUGAGCAAUUAGGUCUAAGUGCCUUGCUCAAGGGCACAUCGGCAGAUUUUUCACCUAGUCGGCUCAGGAAUUUGAACCAGCUGCCUUUUGGUUACUGGCCUAAUGCUCUUAACCGCUAGGCUACCUUCAGCCUUUACCACCCAUAUCAUGAAAGGGUGCAAUUCAGCCAUAUCCCCAGAUUCACGUGUCUAACACCUGUUUCCAUCUCUGUUCCCAGGACCCUGAGGCCAGCUAUGAUGUCAACGAUGGAGACUCUGACCCCCAGCCACGCUACACACAGCGCAACGAGAACAGGUCAUGUGAUAUCCUGCUCUGCCCCACACCUCAACUGGAUUAUACAUACAUACAUACAUACAUACAUACAUACAUACAUACAUACAUACAUACAUACAUACAUACAUACAUACAUACAUACAUACAUACAUACAUACAUACAUACAUACAUACAUACAUACGUACAUACAUACGUACAUACAUACGUACGUACAUACGUCUCCCGAGUGGCGCAGUGGUCUAAGGCACUGCAUCGCAGUGCUAGCUGUGCCACUAGAGAUCCUGGUUCGAAUCCAGGGGGCGGCGCACAAUUGGCCCAGUGGUAGUACAGUAGUCGUUUAUUUGCCCCUGGCUGAUACCAGCAAGUCUCUCUCUAGGCUUUUGGUGAUUUAAUUAAAAAACCACUGGUCUAAAAGUAAAAGGGGGGCUUCUAAAUUCCUUAAGCACCUCCUCCUCAGCCCCUCUCACCUCCCUCAUACUAACCCCAGCGUGUGGCUGUCUUCUGCCAUGGUUCCAUCCUGGAUCAGAUGGGACACUGCUGCAUUCCUCCCACCUCUGAAACACACAGGAGGAUUUGCCUCAAAUCUCCCCCUUUGUUUCUGGGACGAAUGCCAGUCUUUUUGUUGUAGUUGUUAGUUGGUUUUUCCGCAUUUAUUUUGUUUCAAUGCUUAACAGGAUCUUGCAAUAUGUUGGGGAAAAUAACACUCUUUCAUGACGCUGUGGAAACAUAUUUCAGGUAGAACUGAAUUCUCUCCAAAGCAGGACAUGGUUUAAACUUCCCCAGACUUAAUGUCUUUGAGCUGCCUCUGCCUCUACUGUACAUACUGAAGAGAGAUUCACAGCAUUUUCCCCUGUGAAAUGAAAACAAUGCCUUUGCAUUUCGUAUCACCAAAUGUUUUCCAUUGAACACAGACCCUGUUUCCCCUGUCCUCUUCUCUUUAAGCUGCCUCUCUACUGUACAUAUUGAAGUGAUUCUCUCCCUCUUUAGCUCCCACUAGAGAGCCUUCCCAGAGACACUCGUAUGUGUGUGUGUGUGUGUGUGUGUGUACUGUAUAUACUGUACAUAUGGAAGCGAUUCCCUCCUGUCUCCCUAGUGGAAUAAAAACAAUGGCUUUGCCUCACCAAAAGCUUUCACGGACACUUUUUUCUUCUGCCUCUACAGAAGAGAUGACCUCUUCUUGUUUACCCACUGGAAUAAAAACAAUUAAUAUUAUAAUAAUAUGCCAUUUAGCAGACGCUUUUAUCCAAAGCGACUUACAGUCAUGCGUGCAUACAUUUUUACGUAUGGUACAAUUGGCUUGCAUAGUCAAGGCCAAGUGCUUUCACUUUAACCAGGGACCUUGUUUCCAUGUUUACCUGGAGUAGUACUAGCUCUGCCCCAGCCUAGGCCUACCCCUGCCCCCUUGUCUGUUUGAGGCAAUCACCACUCAGUCCUGAUGACUAGGGAACACAAGACUACUCCCUGGUUGGUUCAGCUUCUUCUAACCAGCUCCACUGCUGCUGCAGCUACUGCUGCUGCUUCUGCACAGAACUUCAGAACACACACAUGCACACAUACACAUUGUAACUAAAAAAACACAUACACACAGUACAGACACAGUACACUACACACAUCGUUUGGCUGGUGCUCUCAAGGCGAUUAUCCAGGACGGAAUCAAUUUAUGACCAUGAAAUGAGAAGCAAGUGUGUGUCUCUGUCAAUAGCGUUGAGCGCUGUGUGUUUGGAGUGACCUGAGGAAAAAUAAAAGCAGAUGAGUUCAGUAAUUCCCCAUAGAGGCGCCCAGCCAGUAGCUGAGUAAUGCUCUCCACCUCCCCACAAUGGGAUUAUAUGAAUAUAUUCAUGGGGAGAAAAGGGAACAGGAGACUUAAGUCAGAAGCUUAUGUCCUCUUCCACCGCCGGCUCAUUUGUAUUGGUGACAUGCAAGGCUGGGUUUUGAAUUCGCAUCCAAUAAGGAGUUGUUCCAGGUAGAUGCUUUGUACUGCAGCUUGGCAGGACUGGCAGGUAUUGUUGGAAGGAUUUUAAGCCAGGCUGGAACAAGGCUCUUGCCUGAGCAGGUAAUUAUUUUGUGCUCCAUCAUCGAAAUGUUUGUCCUCUCUCAGUGCUUUCUCUCCUCCUGUCCUACAUUACAGUGCUGUCAAUACUGUGGAUUAGAGAUUGGAGAGGGUGAGAAGAGCCUGAGAGGUGCUAGGGGUACCCGUGAUGACAGGGCUGCUGUCCACACUCUUGUAGUUUCUCAUCCACCCACCAGAUCUGUCUCUGGGCUUGGCCUUAAUCCCUCUUACUGUCUAUCCUAUCAAUGGUGAGAGGAGAGGCAGAAGAAGAGGUACAACUACCAACCAGAGUGCACAAAUGAAGGAGCAAACUUCACAAUCCAUUGAGACAGUCUGAUCCCUUAUGGGUGCACCUUGGUUGGUACGAGGUAGUUCCAGUAUACUGUAUAUUUGGUUCUGAGGAGAAGCAGCUAGCUGCAGCAGUUCUUCUCACAUCCAAAGCACUCCACUGUGACAAUCACCCACCGGCACAGUGAUGUCUGAAUGUCCUCUGCCCUUUAUUUCCCGCCCCUGAACAACCUUCACCUAACGUCUGGACACCUAUUUUCUCCGGCAGGGUUGGAGACAGUUAUUAUGUGAUUUGAAGAGGGAGAGCCUGGUGUAUAAAAUAUGUUCUCUCUUUCACUCCUCUCUUUCUCUCUUUUACACAACUCAAUAGAAAGUCUCGCCCCUGACUCCUAACUUCAAUGUUUAACACAUAAAAAGUGCCCGUCUAUUCCAAGGCCUGGCUAUGUUGUUUACCAUCUUUCUAUCUGUCUAUCUGAGACGGAGUGUUUAUUUCCCAGACGGCCCAGAGCCUUGAGAUGAAUCAACAGAUGUUAGGAGUGAUGUUGGCAUGCGCCCGCCUUCCAUCCUCACACCUGACAUCUCUCUGUCUCUGUCUCUGUCUCUGUCUCUGUCUUCUCUUCCUCCUCUACUCUCUCUCAUCUCCUCUUCUCUCUCUCUCUCUCUCAUCUCUCUCUCUCUCUCUCUCUCUCUCUCUCUCUCAUCUCUCUCUCUCUCUCUCUCUCGCUCUCUCUCUAUCUUCGCUCUCUCUCUCCUCUCUCUCUCUCUCUCUCUCUCUCUCUCUCUCUCUCUCUCUCUCUCUCUCUCUCUCUCUCUCUCUCUCUCAGUGCAUGCUGGGAGUUUUUUGGAGUUUGAGUGUUUGGUGUGGAGGGCUCUUUCCUUGGUUUUUCCUUUCAAUUUCUCUUUUCUAUGGUGGAGGGUUAAUGCACUGUUUGUUUUAGUAGUACCCACAGUUUUUAUUUUCUGGUGGAGGAGGUUCUGCUCGCGGUCGGUGAACAGGUAGGAGCUGAAUUUAUACAUUCCGCAGAAUGAACAAAGCUGUGGUUGUGUUUAUGAAAAGAGCCAAUUUGGUGGGUAGGCUCAUUUCUAGUGGUAUAUUUGUAAGGGGUGUGUUGGUGCCAAUUUCUACUCUUUCUACCCCUUCGACUAGAGUGGUAGUUGCAAAUUUGCCUCCGUUUAUUACGGAUGAUCAAAUCAGGAAGGAGUUGAGUCGUUUUGGUAAGUUUUCUAGUGGUUUUCAGUCAGAUGCCGUCAAGCAUGUUGUUUCGUUCCGGAAGCAAGUGUUCAUGUUUCUGAAUAACAAUGAGCAACAGUUAAAUGUGCAUUUUAAAGUGAGGCAUGGGGAGGGGCUCUACGCAGGUUUUGCCAGCAUAGAUAGUCUACGGUGCUUUGAGUGUGGGGAUUUGGGGCAUAAGAGCUUUGCGUGCCCACAUAAAGGCCGUAGACAAGGUGAGGGUUCAAGCACCAGUGGGGGAAAUUGAGGUCAACGUGCAGGGGGCCAUGAGACGCAGGCAGCAGAGGCUGGGCCUAGUCAUGCGACAGAUGGUAGUGUAGCUAAGGCUGGGCCAAGUCAUGCUACAGAUGGUGGGUUAGAUGAGGCUGGGCCUAGUCAUGCUACAGAUGGUAGUGUAGCUAAGGCUGGGUCUAGUCAUGCUAUGGAUGGUGGUAUAGCUGAGGCUGGGUCUAGUCAUGCUAUAGAUGGUGGUGUAGAUGAGGCUGGGUCUAGUCAUGUUAUGAAUGGUGGUGUAGAUGAGGCUGGGCCUAGUCAUGCUAUAGGUGGUGGUGCAGAUGAGGCUGGGUCUAGUCAUGUUAUGGAGGGUGGGGUAGAUGAGGCUGGGUCUAGUCAUGUUAUGGAUGGUGGUGUAGAUGAGGCUGGAUCUAGUCGUGUUAUGGAUGGUGGUGUAGCUGAGACGGGGUCUAGUCAUGUCAUGGAUGGUGGUGUAGAUGAGGCUGGGCUUAGUCAGGUUAAGCUAGUGGAUGAGGAGAGUAUAGUGGGGAAGGGUAAGCGACUGGGGGGGGGGGGGGGGGUGGAGGAGGAAAAAGGGGAAGAAGAAAGGAGGUGGGAGGGCAGAGGCUGGUGUGGUGAAAGGCACCAAGGAACCUUUGCCUGGUGCUGGGGGGGAGUUCCCGACUAGAGAGGAAGAGCAGGUGGUCAGGAUGGGAGAUGGAGAUGAGGAGGAGGAAGGUGAGUCUGAGGAGGAAGACGAUGAGGAGGAUUUAUUUUCAGACUCCUCCUCAAUGGGUCCAGAGCUGACAGCCAGUCAGUCAGAGGGGUCAAAGUACCAGGUGAGGGAACUGUCAAGGUUCCUGAAUGAGACUAAGGGGGAAAAAAGUUAAUCUUGAGGCUUUUUUUUUGCGAUCCGGGAAAGUUUGUAAGAUCAGUACAACAUGCUAUGAAAAAUGAGGGGCAUGGUGUCCUCUCACCCAGGAAACGGUUUAGGUUGAGGAAGUGGGUCACAACCGUGCGUAAAAGUCUACCUUCAGACACUGUUUAGAUUAAAGUUUUCUUUCUGGCACUGGGGCUUUUUGAGCUUUGCUAUUGGUCUCUUUCUCUGCUGGCUUUUCUCCCACUUCUUAUGGAGACUCUUUGGGUAGGCUCGCUUAAUAUUAAUGGCGCCAGAGAUGCGGGUAAGAGGAGUGUGUUGGGUGAAUAUGUAAAACAAAAAAAAGUAUAGGUGUUGUUUCUGCAGAAGACGCAUAGCGAUGUGGUGAAUGAAGUUGAUUGGGGGCUCUGGUGGAAAGGGGCAAGUGUGCUGAGCCAUGGGACAAAUGUUAGUGCAGGGGUGGCAGUCCUUUUUGUACCGGGUCUGUCUGUAAAAAUUUGCUCCUCAAAAGAGGUGUGUAGGGGUAGACUGCUUGUAGUAAAAGCAGGGGUUUUGUCUUUAUAAAUAUGUAUGCGCCUAACACAGGGAGAGAGAGGGGGCUUCUAUUUGGGUGUCUUAGACUGGAACUCUCACAGAUAUCGCCUGAGGAGACGCUGGUGCUCGGCGGGGACUGGCACUGUACGAUGGAUUUUACGAAAGACUGAAAUGGGGAGGAGCCUCAUUCUGGUUCAGUGGGGGUGUUAAGGGACAUUAUUAAUCAGUUUGACCUAGUGGAUGUUUGGAGAACUAGACAUCCCAACACAAGACAGUAUACAUGGGUGAAGGUCUUUGGGGCUAGGGUAAGUGCAGCCCGGCUUGAUCGAUUGUACAUGUCUAGGAAUCAGAGCAAUAAGCUGUUGGGCGCUACUAUUCUCCCGGUAGGGCUCGGCUAUCUAUUUCACCAGGGCCUCGGCAGGCAUCCUAUUGGAAGUUUAAUGUAAAGCUCUUACAAGAUGCCACUUUUUGCUCAGGUUUCCAGACUUUUUGGGAAAGGUGGGGGCAGCGAAGAGAGGAGUAUGAGUCUCUGAGUCAAUGGUGGGAUGUGGGAAAAGUCCAAAAUCUGCUUUUCUGCCAACAGUAUACAGCUCUCUCAUCCUCAGAGGCUAGGAGAGUAUUGGGGGAACUCGAACGUAGUAUUAGUGAGAUGGAGGUAGAGCUGGUGGGGCAAGGCAAUGUAGGCCUCCAGGCUAAUUUAGCUGAACUACGUAGGGACCUGGGCAGUUUUUUUCCAGGUUAAAGUAAAGGGAGCACUUGUAAGAGCUAGGUUCUCCAUGCUCAAGGGGAUGGAUGCUCCCAGCUCCUUCUUCUUUGGUUUGGAAAGACAGAGCGGUGAAGCCAAGGGUAUGCAUUGUCUUCGGCUUUCGGAUGGGCGGGUGACCUCUGUGGUGGGGGAGAUGCGGGAGCGGACUGUGGCAGUUUUAUACAGAGUUGUAUAGGGCAGAACUGUGUGAUCCUAUGUGUGCUCAGGUUUUGUUUGCCAAACUCCCUAAGCUCUCUCUGGUACAAAGGGAUGAAAUGGACAUUCCCCUGUUGUCCCAUGAACUGGCAGAGGCUGUAACCCAGAUGUCCCCCGGCUGUGCACUCCCAGUGGAGUUUUAUAAAAAAUUCUGGGGAAUAAUUGGACUGGACUUCUUUUGCGUGUUGCGUGAGUGUGUCGGGGUUGGAGAGUUGCCGUUGAGCUGCCGGCGGGCAGCUCUGACUCUCCUGCCCAAAAAAGGGGACUUGUGUGAACUUAAGAACUGGAGGCCUGUGGCAUUGCUCUGUGCGGACUACAAUAUAUUUGCCAAGGUCCUCGCUAACAGACUGAAGUCCCAUCUGGACUCUAUAGUACACAAGGACCAGACAUAUUGUGUACCAAGACGCUCAAUCACGGACAACUUGUUCUUAAUCAGGGACACGUUGGACUUGUCAAGAGGUUGUAAUGUGAACUUUGGUCUGGUCUCUUUAGAUCAAGAAGGCUUUUGAUAGAGUGGACCAUGAGUAUCUGUUUAAUGUGAUGUCUGUGUUUGGGGAAAGGUUUUUGGCCUAUGUGAAGAUGUUGUAUGCUGGGGCAUCAAGUAUGGUUAAGGUGGGAGGGGGGCUCAGUAGGCCAGUCUGGGUAAAGCGGUGCAUUAGACAAGGAUGCCCUCUAUCAGGGCAGUUAUAUACACUAGCCAUUGAGCCUUUUGUGGGCCUGCUACGCAGGAGACUGCAGGGAGUGUGCUGGACAGGCAUAGCAGUGUCAGCGUAUGCAGAUGACGUUUCUGUGAUGGUCAGGGAUGGUCAGGAUAUGCAGGCACUAGAGAAUAGUCUGAAGGUGUACGAGGGAGCUUCGUCAGCUAAGGUAAACUGGGGCAAGAGCAAAGGUCUGUUAUGUGGGGCAUGGGGGGAUAGGGUCCCUCUGCUUCCAGGGGGUUUGCAGUGGGGUUGUGAAGUGCUUAACAUUUUGGGGGUGUACCUGGGCUCGGAGAGGUGGGUCAGGAAGAACUGGGAGGGGCUGUCACAGGCAGUGGUGUCAAGACUGGCCAGGUGGAGGUGGCUCCUGUCCCAAGUGUCAUAUAGAGGGAGGGUGCUGAUAAUCAACAACCUGGUGGCAUCUUUCUUGUGGCAUAAACUGGCUGUCCUCAACCCCCCCGCCGGUCUGCUCGCAGACCUGCAACGCAAGCUGGUGGAUUUUUUCUGGUCGGGCCAUCACUGGCUGAGGGCGGCAGUGUUGUAUAUGUCCGUAAAUGAAGGAGGACAGGGCCUGGUGGAACUGGAAAGCAGGGUGGCUGCAUUCCGACUAAAGGUGGCGCAGAGACUGCUGUACCAUACUGAUGUCGGAUGGAGGGAGCCAGCAUGCGCGCUGCUGAGAAGAGCUGGCGGAUUAGGGUUGGACCGGCAGCUAUUCCUCAUGAGGCUGGAGGGGCUGAGUACAGCAGGUCUCUCUGAUUUUUACUCUGCGGUGCUGAGGGCCUGGCAGCUACUAAGGCCCACACGAGAAGGGGGUGUGGAGCUUGGGCUGUGGGUGUGGGAGGAGCCUAUCUUCCACAACCCAGCCAUCCUUUUGAGAUCGGUUCAGUCGGCCACCCUGAAGAGGCGACUGAUGGCAGCGGGAUUACUAAGGCUUGGUGACCUGCGACUGCUGGGAGAGGAGGGGUGGAAAACCCCAGAAGUCCUAGCACAACAAACAGGACUAACAUCUCUUAGGCUGCUGGAGAGAUUCCUGGGGGAAGUCCAGGAGGCACUGUCUGAGCCGGUAAAGGGGGUGUUUGAGCGGCCAAAGGGGGAGGGGCCACCAAUGUUUCCGCCACUGCACGUGACGGCAGACUGGGGACUGGCAAGGGGGUCUGGAGGACUUGUUAGAUUUUAACACUCCGAGCCUGGGGGAGUUUGAAGGGGUGGGAGGUAAAGCCCUAUACAACCUCUGUAUUAAGGUAAGGAACAUCAGGAGCCUAACAGGAGUGAAGGCACAUCAGUGGCAGGGAGUAUGUGGGGCGGAGAGUAUGAUGGGUUUUAGAUGGAGGGGGCUCUACAACUCCCAGUACCAAAGAGGUCAGGGGACCUCCAGUGGAGGGUUUUACAUGGAGCCCUGGCCACUAACAGCUGGUUGGCACGCGUUGAACCGGGAGUCGGACAGGGGUGUCCUUUCUGUGUCAUGAGUGAAACUGUGAUUCAUGUGUUUUCUAUGUGCGCCAGGUUAAUGCCUUUAAUGUCUCUGUUGGAAUGUCUGUGUGAGAUGUUGGGGGUGGAGUUUACUGUCGGGAUGUUUAUAAUGGGGUACAGGUAUUCAAAUAAGGAAAUGGCUAAAUGUGUGUUGUUGAAUUUUCUGUUUGCUCAGGCAAAGUUGGCUAUUUGGCUAACAAGGAGGAACAGUUCAAAGGUGGGGGGAUAACAGACCCUUUACUAUUAUUUAAUGGGAUUGUCUCUGUGCGCCUUAGGGUGGAAUUUGGUUUCUAUAAAAUGAUAAAAAGUGUGGAGAUGUUUCAAGAGAUAUGGUGUGUUGGGGGGACUGUCUGUAUAGCUGGGGAAGAUGGUCUGGAUAUACGGUUGUAGAAGUGGUGAGGUUUGGGUUAUUGUGAUGUGUGGUGUUGUUUUUGUAUCGUGGGGUAGAGGGAAAGGUGAGUAUGCCGUACAGGGGAUAUGGGUAUUUUUUAUUGUUAUUUUAGGGGGUGGGGGUGAGGUUUUAAUGACGAGGGCUGAGUGAUUGAAAUUGUGCGUCUGUGAGUGAUUGAAGGCUGCUGUGCUCCUGCUCCAGCCACUUCAAUAAGUCAUUGAGUACUGCAAAUGGUCUGAGCCCCUGAACCCCCCACCAUACUGGACACCAUCACCAAUAUACAGAUACUGGCCAGGCCUGGUGAAUGGCAGAUUUAAGCAGGUGUGUCACUGCUGUGAACAGUUAGACCUCCCUCAGUGAGACACGACACAGCUUAGGUCAGCUUGCUUUGUUGCUUUGUUUAGAAGCCUCUUUGUUGGACUGCCUUAA